CUAAGUAUGAUCCUAUCACUCAUGCUUUCAUCGGUUGGCAGAAGGCACCCAAAGAUAAUCGUCGAUUUCCUCUCGACAAUGGAGCAUUUGCUUUCUCAACAGAGGUAUUUGGUACGGGUAAAAUGAUUGGUCCUCGUUAUUGGCCAACUGAUUAUCCUGGAGGGGAGAGUGAAUUUGUAUCACAGAUUCUUACAAAGAUGGAAGAGGUCGAACCGUUGUGUUUUAACUGUCGUGUUGCCUGGCACAACCAAGCUUUAACGCCACAGUGUAUUGCUCAUGAUCCCAAGUGUCGAGAGUUUGACAUCCCACCAAAGCCGUAGAGCUCAAUAAGUUUUAGAACAAGCUCAACCUAAUCAUUAUCUUUUACUUUCUCAAUCUCAUUUACAUUAUUCUCGCUCUGCUUGCUGAUUGAAUAUCUGGAAUUUUACCAUCUGAUAGCUUACCAAUGAUUGUUAUCAUCUUAUCUCGUACUGCUUGCUUGUAACACUUUAAAUCUAACUCCAAAAGUUGAAGUGCCAUUUGUCCCGACACAAUCAGAUUCACUACUCGUUUUCUUUAAUCUUUCAAUCUUUCUCGAAUCAUUCAUUUCCUUGGGUUGUUUUUAGUGUCGUCACAUCACCGCGUAGCUGUGUUUCCAUGUUGCGGAAUAAAUCUUAAUCAAAAGAUUCAUUCAUUAU